ACUAUAAAACUUUACAAAACAGCUCUGAAGGUGAGAGACGCAGAACCCCUGGCCGCCCUUCUGUCCGCUGCUGCCACCCGGAAACGGUCCCCGCCGCCGCUUUUCUGCCCACACUCCGCCACUGCGGCCGUCCCUCCGCCGCUUCUCUGUCCGCAUUCCGCCACAACAGCAGCCUCUCUGCGUUCUUUACGAUGGUUACCGACGGAACCAAAAAGGCUCAAGUUUCAGUGCCUCGAAAAAUCAACGUGCAGAAAUAUGCUGAAUCCCGUGCCCUAGAGCUUCAGAGUCUUCAAUCUAUCAUAGAGAAUAGAGUAAACAAUGAUUAUAGGUCUCAAAGGAACAAGAGAAGAAGAACAACUGCAUUUGAUAACCAAAUUGCGAGAAAGGGAAGCAGAAGAAAGAGGCAGAAACUUGGAAUAGUCGAUAAAGCCAAUGCUGAAUUAGGCUUGGAGAAGGAUCAACUAAAGAAGCUUCCUCGGCGUGUUCGUCGGAGACUUGAACUGAGGAAAAACCCAGAGAAUGGUUUUUGCACUUCUGGGGAUGGAACCAAGAGGCUUAGAACUCAUAUUUGGCAUGCAAAGCGGUUCACUAUGACCAAGCUUUGGGGUUACUACCUUCCUUUGUGUCUUCAAGGAAGAGGGAAAGGUUCAAGGGCACUCUUGAAGAGGCUCAAACAAGGGGUGCUUGUACAUGAUGCAAGCUAUUAUAUUGCUAUCCAAUUGGAGGGUCUAGAGGAUUCAUUAAUGUCAGUACUAAGAAUGGUAUUGGAGCCUUCUUCGGCAAAAACAACACAUUCUGGAAAUCAUGAUGACUCUGUUCUUUCCAGUGUAACCCAUGGAAGUGCAAUGCUGCAUCGAGUUGGAGCACCGGUUUCUCAGCCAAUUGCUCCUGUGACCUAUAUAUGGCGACCAACUUCCCAACAAAAUAUGAAUACAGAGCUAGAUGGAAGAAAUCAUCAUACUUCUUUUGGACAACAUGAUAUUGGUAAUGAUUCAGACAAACUUGAUGUUGAAUUAUGUGAAAAUUCAAACAAAAUGAAGCAUGAUUGUUCAUUUAGACACCUUUGGGUGUGGAUACAUGCUUCUGCCUUUGAAGAAGGAUAUGAUAGUCUUAAAAUCGCUUGCCAGAAAGAGAUGGAGAAGAGUGGCAUCUCAAUUAAUUGCUUUUCUCUUGAGGGCCAACUCGCAAAAUUAGAAUUAAUUGGAUCAGGGACAUUUCAACUUCUUCAAAAGAUAUUGCAUCCUGCUGGAGGUGUUUCAGAGAAUCAUUGGCAAUUAAAGAAGCAUGUGGCCAUGGAAGAAGACUCUGUUUCUCAGAAUAGAAAUUCAACCAUACUGAAAAAUGAGGAUCAUUUUUCUUCUGGUGCUAUGUUAUCUCUUCAUGUCAAGGAUCCUCGAGAAUUUCCAUGUAACAAUAAUGUUCCUGUGGAGCCCAUUUCAACUAAGUCUUCAUGUGAUGCACAAGAAACUACAUACAAAGAGCUUGCUGAAUUGGAAGGAAUAUUGGAAGAGAAUAAAGAUUUAUCUUCAUUGUCACAGGCAAAACUUGAAGACAGCCAGUCUAAUAUUGAUGAUCUAUGGUAUGCUACCACCAGAGGGUUGAUGCCCCCAGUGGAAGACAGUGUCCUUUCCAAGGAGAAACACCAUGCACGUAUGGUUAAUUUCUGCCUUGAUGAUAUAGAUUCUGGAGAGUCCAACUCUUCAACUAAGGUGCAGUGCUCGAGAUCUUGCCCUAUUCUUCUUUUAAAAAAUGAUAUGAAGGAAUUAAAUAUAGGAUGGUCUGUUAUACUUCCCUUAAGUUGGGUCAAAGCCUUCUGGAUUCCACUCAUCUCUAAUGGUGCACAUGCAAUAGGUUUGCAAGAGAAGCACUGGAUUGCAUGUGAAAUGGGACUGCCAUUUUUCCCUUCAGAUUUCCCAGAUUGUAAUGCAUACUCUUGCUUCAUGGAAGAUAAAGCUGAUGCAUUUAAUCGUAAAGCUGAACUUCGUCCUCCUUCCGUAAAGCCUUUGAGAGUUCCCAUCCCGCCUCCAUGGAGUAUUGUUCGCAUUACUUUUGACAAAGUGAUUGGUGCAAUGGAGACUCCUGAUCUUUCAACUAGGGAAGAUCUAACCAAUGCUAAUGCAUUACCAAACCCUUGCCCUAGAAGCUUAAAAAUUUCGAAAUGUGACUCUGGGAAUAAUUCAUUUGGUGGAACUGUAGUGAGGACAGGUUGUAUGCUGGCUACUUUCCUCGAUGAAACUAAAACUGGACAAUUGUUAUUGUUUCCUUUUGCAGCAGAUAAGAAUGCUAGAAUCUCUAAGUUUAUUAACGGCGAACUAAAGCUUGAUCCAAGGCAUAGAUGUGCUGACAUUUCUGACCAUAAGCUUUGUUUUCUAAGAGUUCAUCUUCGUCCAUUCAAAGAAGGAUGUUUUGAAGAGGGUGCUGUUAUUUGUGCACCUUAUCCAUCUGAUAUAUCUUUAUGGACUUCAAGUUCAGAGAAAAGUGAAGAGGGACUUCAAAUGUCUCAGUCUGCUAUGCAAUUAUACUUCAAAGAACAUUCCUCUGGUAUAUGGGGAAUGCAGAUACCAGAUGAUUCAAUUGCUAGCAAGUCUCACCGGUGGCCUAUUGGCUUUGUGACAACAGCUUCUGUUCAAGGAAGCAAGAGUCUAGUAGCAGAAGGAUUUUGUGAGGCUGUUUUACUAGCUCAUUUAAGAGAGGAACAGUGGAAGGAGAUGCCUAUGAAGCAGAGGAGGAGGGAAAUAUAUGUACUUGUCAGGAAUUUAAGAUCUACAGCAUAUAGACUUGCUCUUGCCUCUAUUGUUCUUGAAUAUCAGGAAAAUGACAUUGGGUUUUUGUAAAAUGUUUUUAUGCUUAAGUUAAAACUAAGCAACUUUCAUUGCCACACGCGGAGUCAACUAAGCAAAAUUUUCCUUUCCAAUAUAAGAGGAAAGCCACCGGAAAGAAGAAAAUACCUUACUCUUUUAUGUAUCUUAUUUUACGAUCAAAACAUUUAAAAUUAUCCAUACUAGUAACUACUCUGCAUUUGAGCCCUGUACUUAUUCGUUAA